UGUAUAACAAUUCUGUAGAUGCAUGUUAAUAGAUUUAAAAUAUGACAUCACACAUUGUUUUUUUAAUUGAUGAAGAUCCACUUUGCUCCAGCAAUAAUAUUGUUUCACAAAUACAUCUAGCUUGUUUACGUAUUUUAUCUUACUAUGCAAGUCGUAUGACAAAAACAUCUAUCUUUUGGGGAUACAAAUUUUAUAACUCUUUUAAAAGUCAUUCAAAUGAAUACAAGCAAAGAAUGUUCUUAGAGUAUGCAUUAGAAAAGUUUAAUAAAUUUGAACAAAAGUUAUACAAAAAAGUUCACAAAGCUUCAUGUAUACAAAAUGUAAAGCCAGGUGUUUUGUUGAAAGUAGCUUUGUCAGAGAUACUCACAGAGUUUCAAUGGGAUCAACCACAGUUACUAUCACCUUGUAAAUUGUAUUCUAGUUCCAGCAACCAUUCAAAUAAUUUGGUAUUUCUCAUCACUAAGUAUCCAUUUGAUAACUAUUUCAAUGAAGAAGUUUUUGACAAAAAGAGUUUUUUUAAUGCUCUAUUUCCACCAAUGUUGUUUGAAAAAUUUGUUCAACAGAGUAAAAUUAAACUGUGUUGGAUUUAUACUGACUCUGCUGAAAAGUCUUGUUGUUAUAAGGACUUUGUAGAUGGUGGAAUAAAAAUGGCUAAAGGCAGUUUAAUUCCACUUCAUACAAUUACUAUGUUCUACAACAAUCAACAGUGCAUGGAUAUUAUUAGUAGAGAUUCUAUUUUGCAAGCAUUGCUAAAUCCAACUAAAUCACGACAUCAAAUACUAAAGCAACAACAUUCUUGUAAUAUUCUUCUUUCUGCAGAAUCUUUAGAGGAAUCUGUUAUUACCCUGUGCCAUUUCACCAAGAGAUUUAGUGAAGAUGUUUAUUUUUUCAAUACAAUGUAUGUUGAUAAAAUUGUUCCUAAGCGCAGAAUCUCACUCAAAAUAUUACAAAAUGUUUAUAUGUAUUGUUGCAGACCAAACCAAGCAAUCAGUCAUUGUUUGGAAAAAGCAUUGCAUUCAAAGGAAGUUUUAGUUAUUGUUUUCAAGAAUAUGGACAAUGAUAGAACAGAAAGUAGAGGAAUAAUGAUUCCUUACACUGUCUGCACAGGAGCUAUUGUUCUGUUAAAUCCUUUCACUAUCUAUACAGGAUCUGCUGUUCUGUUAAAUGAUGGUACUAAAAAUACUCUUUAUGAUGAAUUGUUAAAUGGUCCUAAAUUUAAUGAUGCAGGAGCUUGUGAUACAAAGAAAUUAUCUUCUGUAGAUAAGGGAGCUACAAGGGAAUUAUCUCCCAUAUCUUUGCAUUUGAUUAACACAUCUAUUGUGAAUUGUGUAGAUACUUGGUUUUUAUCGAAUCCAUUUCUUGGUUUGCCAUCUAAAAAGGUUUUAUUAUCAAAAAGUCUUUCUUCGGAGCGCAUUAAAAGAGAAGAAAAUUCUCGUGUGCUUGUCACUUCUCUUAAAAGCAAGUUGUCUAAAACAUCACAGCCUAAUAAGUUUCAGCGUAUGCAAGGCAUAAGCUGGACACGAUGGAGAUUGAUGGAGUUCAAUGCUAAAAAAAUAAAUCCUGAUGUCACUGAAAUUUGUAAUGCUAAAACUGACAAUAAAUUUACUCCAUAUGAAAAACUAGAAUUAAGUUGUGAAGAAGAAUUGCAUAAAUAUGUAGAAGAAAAAUAUGCACAAUUAGUAAAUGAGGUAAACCUGAAUCAUUUUGGUAUGAACUUGUUAAUAAAAACAGUUUCACAGUUUUAUACUCAGGAGAAUUCACCUAAUGUGCCAUCAUCUUUAUUAAAGCUUUUGUUUUGUGAAGAUGUGCAAGCUAUUCGUGAGAAGUGGAAACAUUCUACAAAAGAAAGUAUGAUUCAUGAAGUACUAUUGCAACUUCAUUUAUUGCUUGAGUGUGUUUCACAUGGUAUCAAACACAAUGAUUCUAUUAAAAUGGUUAGUGCUUUUUUUCGUUUUCUUACAUUUGAAGAAAGCACAAUGUAUGUUCGUGAUCAUCUGAAUAAGGUUAUCAUGCCAAAGUUCCAGUCUACUAUCCCAGAAUUUUUACAAGAAAUAUAUGAUGACUUGAUGAUAGAACCUCCAUCUGAGCUAGGAUGUGUUGAUAUUUCACCUCUAAAUUCUGUUGUUCAGUCUCCUAGUUCCGCUUACUCAAAUAUUUCUUCUGUUCCUUCUACAUGCUGCGAAAGAAAAUCAGUUAAGCGCUUCCCGAGUGUUGCUGGUGAAUGUUCCAAGAAGUUUAUUGCAGUUCAAUUGAAAACCACUAAGGAAAAGAAGAAUGAUAAAAAAGUGAAAAGAAAUUUGUUCGAAAAGAAUGUUUCUACUCCACAAAAAGAUGUUGGAAAUAAAAGUUGUGUUCCUGAUACCCCAGAGGCUAAACAAAUCAAUAACCUUAUAUGGAAAAAGCAAGAUAGAGAUAGACGUCACUCCCAUAUUGAUAAAAAUGUUGCACCCGUUGAAGAAUCUCCACUAAAAGGAACAUCUACUUCAUUGAACUGUAUUAGAAAGCUAGGCCGUUCACAUUCAUUUAAUAUUCGUUCAUCUCCAAGAAAGUUUUAUAAACUACAGCGUCAUCCUACAAUGAUAAACGGUAGAUGCAAUGAAGAACCGAAAACUCCAACAAAGCACUUCCGCGAUUUAGAUUCUGUUAUUAAUGAUAAAAAUCGAUUUUCAGCAUCUAGAAAAUUUAAAAUAAACCAGACGCCGGAAAGUGCAAUUAAACGAAGACGUAAGGCUAUAUUGUUUUCUAGCUUUACUGACGUUAAUGAAAAUCCGUCACGAAGUGACGUUUCGAAUCACGAAGUUUUCUUUAAUAUAGACGAAGAAAGAACUAGUUCUGUUCGUCGUAGUAUUUUUUCGCAAAGAGUUUCGUCCGACUCAAGUGAGAUCAAAAAAGGUUCGGAAAGUUCGUCGAGAAAAUUAUUUUCUGAUACAAGUGAACCAAUAUUAUCAUUAAAUUCUCUGUUUAAUUAUUCCGGAAGUUUUGAAAAAGAUAACGGAGCUAAAUCUACUGCACUUAAAAGAAAACAGAGCAGUUCUCAUUUUGCUAGAAAAAAAUUAUGUCUCUCUCCUCUUAAUGAUGGCUUUGAUGAUUUUUGCGAUGACAAUAAAAUGUAUGUUUCAGAUUGCAAAGAGGCAAAUAAGGAUACUUUUGCCGAAACAACCGUUGAUUGGUUAGAAAAAAUAGAAACAAAAGAUGUUGGAACACCGCGCAAUUUAACGUUUCAAGAGACUUUUUUAAAGCUUUCUCCGAAUCGAUCCAAGAGUUCCCCUACAUUAGUAAAAGCAGGGGAUGAUAUUAUAUCAGUCUCACCCUGUCUUUCAGCUACUAGUAUCAAAUGUCUCGAAAAAGCGCCCCUCUUAUCGCCGUACCGUCCUAUUAAGAGAACAAAACAAUGUCCCAGUCGAGUUGCUAGUAAAUAAUGAAUAGUUUUUCAAAACUUUUUAAUUGUUUUUAAAUGUAAAAAAAUAAAAUUCAAAUUUUAAAGGCUUAUAUUAAUUA